AUGAAUAUUUUCCUCUCCUUUCCAAAUAUUGAGCAAGUUGUGCCGGCGUCCCAAUUUUUCUUCCAAAUUUUGAAAUUUCGCAAGGGACCGUUCAAGCCAUCAUUAGGACUGUGCUUCAACGCUUUAUUAGUCGAUUCGGAUUUACAUGAAAAGCUCAAGGUUGCGCAUCAUGCGCGAGACAUGGGAGCUCUUGACAGUCUUUGUAUGUACUUUGAGAGGAAUGCAUGGCGUAUGGAUCCAGACCUCGAGGAUGUGUUCGAAGCAAUUCGUUUGAUGGAGUCAGACAACAAGAUAAUGCCAUUCGUCAAGGGUGAAUGGAAACUCCCUAUCUGGGCCCCCACCAGGGAAGACACCGAUCCAGAUAUAAUGGAUCAUGUUCGAAAGCUCGGGAUUCCACUCGGGAACCGCGAAGAAAUUCCUCUUGUCAUACUUCACAAACUGGGUAGUUUUCAGCAUGACCCCAUCUUGAAGAAGAGGCUGGACACAAUCUUCUCUCCCAAUCAUCACACUUUUCUUAUCAAUACGUCUGGCACUGGGAAAACUAAACUUCUUUUCGAAGGCCUUUGCCUCCAUUGGGGACUCUAUUUUACGUGCGCUAUCGAUUCCUCUUUCCUCGGAGCGGGUGAUUUCGUUCUCGCCAUCAAUGAUAUCGAGUCACACCGGAACUGGACAGGGCAUUUGCCUUUUCCCUCCAGUCCCCAUUACGCCACCUCCCUCCAACACAACAUAAAAACAAUUUUCCGCUUGACUAGCGAAGCACUUUUGGCGCGAUUACUCGUUUUCAAAAUGUACCUGACGGCGUGCUCAAAAAGCGCUCUCUGUCAUGAUCAUCGGCAACGCUGGCUAGAAUCGCAGAUUUUCCCCCGUACGAUCACAUCUCGGUUCGAAGCAUAUGGUAAGACGAAAUACGAGAUUUCCAGAGCCGAAGUGCACGAUUCAGUGAUUGACGACGCCAUAACGCACACUUUGGAAGACAUACAAAGUAUCUGGGACAUAUCACCGGGUGAAUUCUUCUACAUUGUGAUAGAUGAGGCAAACGUAGCUUCUCGAAAGCAUGAUGGCGCUUUUGCAGAUGAGUACGGGCGUUACUCGAUUUUGAAGGAGAUUAUUCGAAGUUUUCAAUGUCGGAUGGGCCACUUGCCCGUGAGGUUUGUUGUUGCGGGUACCAUCAUUCCUCGGGAACAUUUUCAAUCUUCCUCAGGGGAAUGGGAUAGUUUCCGUUGGUGUUCAGAUACAGGUUGUUUUGAUGAUCCGGAGGCCCAUCGACGUUAUAUCUCCCAGUUUCUACCGCCACAUUUUGAAAAGUCAGACACAGGUCAACUUCUUAUAAAACGAAUGUGGCAUUGGUUACGAGGAAGGUACCGCUAUACCGCAUCUUUCUUGACAUUGUUAUUGGACAAUAAUUUCGAGAGUCCCCAUACAUUAUUGGGAGGAUUCGUUCAAACUAUGUCUGGAUACAUGCCCCCUGAGAAUUCUGAAUAUACAUCACAAGAGACAUUCUCCAUGAACAAUUGGUAUUUAUCUCUUGGCUCUAAAGGUUUAUCUAUACGUUCCACUAGCACCAUUGCAAUGCACCGGUCGGUCAUAAGCUUUUUGACCACUUCCAAGGGAUGCUGUGAUUUCACGUCCAACGACAUCGAUCUCGUCAACGAAGACUAUGGAAUUUUUCUGGAUCCAACGUGUUCUCGAAUAGGACUGGACGAGCCGGUAACAGUCAUUUACGGGGCGAAAUGGCUCAAACAACAACCAUAUUUCACUCUCGUGAGGUUGGCUGGGGCAUUUGCUUGGAACUACCAAACUGAAAUACAUCCGUCUCACUUUGCUUCAUCCCUUGCUUUAUCUUUGGCUUUCUGUUUUGGUGAUUUCUGCAAGGUUUCGAACACCUGCACGGUCUUUGGACUCACCACGCCAUUAUUGAAUGGGAGACUCGUGAAGUUUGUCAAAGUUGCUGAGCGACUAGAAACAUUGGAUGUACAACUCUCGGAAACUAUGCCCGACAGACUGGUAUUUGUGGCGGGGGCUCCAGAAGAAGUCAUGUCCUGGUUCAAACACGAGCAUGACGAACCGUUUUGUCUACUGCCCUCUUCUUCGAGCACUAGCGUGACUUUGGUCUUUUGUCUCAAACUCUCUGAUGAGCGAACUUUUUGGGUUUUUGUAUAUGUUCCUUCGACAUUCACAAGAGAAAAUCCGGACUUUGCCCAAGACAUCAAAGAGAUUCAUCCGAACGUUAUAUUUCGUGAUCAGCCUGAAGUCGUUACGCUUCUCGAUCAGCUACCAAAUCUAAAUACCGACGUGGGUCCCUCUGGCAUCCUACGUAUUUCUGGGUCGUUCCGGGUCAAAAGCGCGACCGUGGACAGCAUUCCGCACGAAGAAUAUCCUGCUGGGGUCCUGAACAUUGGGAGGCUAGAUAAGUUAACGAAAGAAAUUUCUCAAGACAUGCUCAUGCGUCGUCUAUCUCGAAUCUUCACUCAAGAAGGUCGAAUAGAACCAUUUUAUAUGGCGUUACCCACAGCGGCUCAGGAUGAUGUUUCAGCCAUAGCCAAGAAACGUGCCAGAUCCACAUCUACAGAUGAUGCCGCGAGUACUUCCAGGACCGAUGGCACGAAGGUUCAAAAGUCUUCCAAAGAUAUUGUUGCCCCAGAUUCCGGUCCCAUGACUAGGAAGGGUCGCAAAGGUACAAGCAGUUUGCGAACUCUUCGCAGUAAUCGCAACAUGAGAGAUGUUGUUUUAGGACGUGCUUCAGUCGUGGUUCCUCGUUCUAGUUUGGUUGAUUCAACCGUUCCGUCCUCGCCAUAUAAUUUACGCAAACAGAGAUAA